AUGGAGGAUCUAGCAGAUCUCUUGGCUAAGGUGCUCCCCACUGGGGUUGAGGUUACCGUUCGUCAUGUCUCCUCAACACCUACGCCGUCUGACGCUCUCUUUGCAGCUGCUCCGGGUCAGCCCUCGGAGCCGACGUUCUGUGAAAACCACUUUCUCUCGGCAUCGAUUGAUUGCAACGAUGAAGAGACUAUCAUUUUCGGAAUGGAGGUCAUGGUCUACAACACGGCCCACUUGACCACCAUUUUCAUUUCCAAGGCCGACUCAACCGGACUCGUGCAUCUACUCAAAUUGCCGUGCAAGGUCUCGGUCCUCAGACUGAUCUCAAACACCUUCCUCUCAUUUCUCGCUCGGUCUCGGCAACGACCCGGCGUGCGGCUCGUGAUUUCAUUGUUUGCCCGGGCUCAGAACCAGUACUUGUUCCCGGGUAGCAUUGAAAAUCCCGAAAAACACGUUCUAGAUGACAGGGGCCUCAUAAAAUGGUGGUGCCGCGCCGUUGACCCCAUACUCCGUGAACACGAGCCUGAAACUGCGCUCCAGGGGACCAAGGCGCUCGAUCAGACCGUCGAAGCUGCGCAAGCUUCAGCCACCGCGUACCUGAUCGUUCCGAGCUGUGAUCGCUUCGAAACUCGCAAUUUCUUCCCUCCAACCGCAAAGGCAGAUCCGCAGGAUCGCCCACGAUGGCUAAACAGCUAUCCCCUCAAACAAUUAUAUCACGAUCCCUCAGCUCCCCCUCGGUGUCUUGUGCCCCGUUUUCCGGAUGAUCCCAAGACUCGCUUCCUCAUUGAUCUUGAUGAUGAGCUUCCCGAAGAGGAUCAUGAUCUACCAGAUGCUGGACGCUGGCGCAGCGUUAAAUCCCUGGAUCAGUUCUGGGAAAUGAUGUCUUUCCGCCAAGAGUGUUCCGCCGGCCGUCUGGUUGGGUUCUUGUGGCUAGUCAUCAAUCCUCCUGGGUUGAUGAACUCAACAUCGAUGGAAAGCCAAACACAGUCUUCGGAGAUUGGCCAGCCCAAGGAGCCAAUCUCGGUUACCACAGAACAAUUGACACAGGCCAAUGACCCGCCCAAGGCGCAGGAGACAUCGGCACAGGCAGCAGCGAAUGCCCCAGUACCGCCAAUAUCCGAAGUUCCCCUGAGUGCAGAACCGAUCAAUCCAUUUGACUGGCCAGAAGUUGGACGUGGGGAUGUUGUUCUCAGCGAAGCCGACUAUAAGAAAAUGAUGGACACUGUCCUCGACAACUUCUAUGAUGAAAAAGAGAUCGGCGCCAGCACCAAAGCCUACAUUGAUCAAGUCGCGGUUCUCGCAGACCAACUGACAUGGGGUAGGAAGGUCAUUGGCACCAGCGCCGAGACCGACGCUCCCAAUUCAAUAAACACCGGUGCGGCCGUUCACGAUCUCGGUUUGAUCCGCAAAAGAAAGAAGUCGCUGGGUGACCCCAAGGAAGGCCAAGCGUCCGGCGGUCCAGAUACCCCAGUGUCCACUUCGGCACCAGCCCCUGCCCCUGCUCCAGAGUCGGGAUCGGCUGUCAAUGUUCUCAACGCCAGUUUGGUUCGAAAGAAGAAGAAAACAUAG